CAGGUGGCAUUCCUCCUGCAAACACUGUGCUGCCUGAAACUGCUUGCACCUUAUAGGAGCAGCAGCUGAUCAGAACAGAGCAAUAUGGUAAGCAGUAUUAUAUGUGUAACAUCUUUUGACUUGUUGCUUUGCAGUUUGUCAUCAUAACUGAAAACAGCAGACUAACCAUGAUGAAAAGGAUCUCUGCUAUUUAUUUGACUUUUUUGUCAGUUUUUUGCUCGUUCACACUGGGAUCUUCAGACUUCCACCUUAUUACUCUCACUGAGAACUACACACAAGCCAAGAAUUAUUGCAGAGUUAUGUACACUGAUUUAGCAACAAUUUACAACUUAGCAGAUAUGAAUAAUCUGGUUACUUUUGCUUCAAAUAUAACUGAAAGGGCUUGGAUAGGACUGGAGAUGGGAGCUGUGUGGAUGUGGCAUUGGUCUUUGCCUGGUCAAGUAACAGAUUUUUUAAAGUGGAAAUCAGGAGAAGUAAUAACACAUAAUCAAGAAGAAUGUGCAGCAAUGGAUCAAUUCGGUGGGUGGUUUGUCAGUGCCUGUGGAGUUCUAAGAAAGUUUGUCUGUCAAGGGAAUCAUACUGGUUAUUUCAUUUUUGUUAACGAGUCCAAAUCGUGGUGGGAUGCUCAGAGUCAUUGCAGGAACUUGUCACCUGAUCUAGUUAGCAUACACUCUGAAGCAGAGAAUAUGGCAGUGCUCAACGUGUCUGCAUCACAAAGUGUCUGGAUUGGGCUGUUCAAAGACCCCUGGAUAUGGUCGGAUGGAAGUAACUCAUCUUUUCGUUUCUGGGGAGCUUCUCAGCCCAGCUAUCUUCAUAAUCAGGAUUGUGUUGCUGCGGUAUUUCAAGAUAAUGGGAAGUGGAAUGAGCAAAACUGCAGUAACCAACUUAAUUUUGUUUGCCAUGGGGCUGCUGCUACCAAACAGUCAAGCACCACUACCACAACAGAAGGAACAGCUGCAGGUGGAGUGAGAACACCAAAUACCACAGAGUUUAUGUCACCUACAUCAAGUACUCAUCUCCAAAGUACAACUACAGAAAUGUCAUCUUUGACACAGCCACCUCCUGCAACUACUGUGAAUUUAACUACAGGUGGUGACUCUAUAUUAACAACCCCGGGAGGAAUUUCAGCCUGGAUCCCAACAACACAGACAGGGAUUUCAGUCCCAAACACUACAGCACAUCUAGAGAUUUCACCCCAGAACACUACAAUACAGAAAGGGACUUCAGCCCAGAACACUACAACCUACAUAGGAAGUUCAACCCAGAACACUACAGCAUUCAUGGGGACUUCAGCCCAGAACACUACAACCUACAUAGGAAGUUCACCCCAGAACACUACAAUACAGAAAGGGACUUCAGCCCAGAACACUACAACCUACAUAGGAAGUUCAACCCAGAACACUACAGCAUUCAUGGGGACUUCAGCCCAGAACACUACAACCUACAUAGGAAGUUCACCCAGAACACUACAAUACAGAAAGGGACUUCAGCCCAGAACACUACAACCUACAUAG